CCGGCCUUCUCGCCCGGGCCGGCAGGUCCCCUCGCACUCAGCAGUUAGGGGACGGCGGGCACCGCCUCCGCCCGGGGGCGGUGCGAGCGCCGUCUGGUCUCGCACUGCGCGCAUACCCUCCUUCCAGACCCGCGUGGGCGUCUUCUUCGCCCCGAGGCUGCAGGAUGGUGUCCUGGAUGAUCUGUCGCCUGGUGGUGCUGGUGUUUGGGAUGCUGUACCCAGCUUAUGCUUCCUAUAAGGCUGUGAAGACCAAAAACAUUCGUGAAUAUGUCCGGUGGAUGAUGUACUGGAUUGUCUUUGCACUCUUCAUGGCGAUGGAGGCCUUCACAGACAUCUUUAUUUCCUGGUUCCCUUUCUACUAUGAAAUCAAGAUGGCCUUUGUGCUAUGGCUGCUUUCACCCCACACCAAAGGAGCCAGCCUGCUUUACCGAAAGUUUGUCCACCCAUCCCUGUCCCGCCAUGAGAAGGAGAUCGACACCUACAUUGUGCAGGCCAAGGAGCGCAGCUAUGAAACGAUGCUCAGCUUUGGGAAGCGGGGUCUCAACAUUGCUGCAACAGCCGCUGUGCAGGCUGCCACCAAGAGUCAGGAUGCGCUGGCUGGAAGGCUGCGCAGCUUCUCCAUGCAGGAUCUUCGCUCUAUCCCCAACACCCAUGCCCCCAACUAUCAGGAUCCCCUCUACUUGGAAGACCAGAUGCCCCGCCACAGACCACCCAUUGGAUUCAGAGCGGGGGGCCUGCAGGACACUGACACUGAGGAUGAAUGUUGGUCAGAUACGGAAGUAGUGCCCCAGCCGCCAUCCCGGCUCCGGGAGAAGCCUCUGAGCCGCAGCCAGAGCCUGCGUAUGGUCAAGAAGAAACCGCUGGUGCGAGAGGGCACCUCACGCUCCCUGAAGGUCCGGACAAGGAAAAAGACUGUGCCUUCAGACAUGAGCAGUUAGGGUCUACAGAGCCUGCCCAGUUUGACCUUGUGCCCUGCAGGGUGCUGGGGACUGUUUGGAGGGACCCUCUGGCUGCAUGUUGGGCCUGCCUGCACCAGCUGCCUAGGCUCUGCCUUCCUGGCUCCUACCGUUGCGGAAGGGCUGGGGCAGGUGCCACCGGGGCCAUGCACAG